UUCGUACCCAUUCGUUUAUUCUGUGUUCAAGGAUUGCGAAACUCCUUUCAGUUCGUAAGUCAGAUGAAAUGUAGACCAGCAAGUUCAAGCUGUGAAUCUGGGAUUUUGCAGGCUGCAACUGCAACAAAAGUGACUUUUCAAAAGAUUCAGUGAUUAAGUUUGGGCUGGAUUUCUACUUGGGAGCAUAAAAACAGUUCCUGUCACCCUCCCGUCUUCCUGUGUGGUGAAGACAUGGGGGAAGGAUUCUACAUCAGCAAAGCGGUGGCUGUAGUCUGCGUGCUUGCAGCUUUAGGGGCUGYAGCAACGAUCAUCGCCCUCUCCGUGUUGUACGCUCAGGAGAAGUCAAAGACAGCUUUGCCUUCUGUUAAAGUUGGUCCAACCAUCAGUCCCACCCCGCCCCCUGGGCCAAAGGAGCUCUGGCACCACUACAGACUCCCAGACAGCCUCUCUCCUGAAUUAUACAACCUGACCUUGUGGCCCCGGCUGGAGCCCAACUCUGAUGAUCAGUACGUCUUCACUGGGAACUCCAGUGUGGUGUUCACAUGCGUGAAGGAGACAGAUGUCAUCCUCAUUCAUGCCAAAAACCUGAAGUUUGUCCCACAUAAUGGAUUUGAUGCCAGACUGAAGGGUUUGAAUGGAGCUCCUGCACCCAGCCUGAAAAACACCUGGCUUGAGGUUCCAACCGAUUACCUGGUGAUCCAGCUCCACAGSCCCCUGCAGGUGGGCAGCCAGUAUGAGCUCCUCACUGAGUUUGUUGGAGAUUUGUCAGAUGAUCUGGAAGGUUUCUACAGGAGCGAAUACACUGAAGAUGGGGUGAAAAGAGUUGUGGCAACAACUCAAAUGCAGCCAACACAUGCCAGGAAGGCCUUCCCCUGCUUUGAUGAGCCAGCUUUGAAAGCUGUUUUCUAUGUAACUCUGCUUCACCCUCAGGGGACUGUGGCUCUGUCAAACUCCAUGAACUACGAACCCAUGAACRUCACUGUGAACGGGGAGAAUUUAAUUCAGACCAGCUUCGAACCCUCUGAGAUCAUGUCACCCUACCUGUUGGCUUUUGUUGUGUGUGAUUUUGCGUACAUCRGGACAACACCGGAGGCAGAUGUCUUGAUCAGGAUCUGGGGUCGCAGGGAGGCCAUAGAGGAAGGACAGGGCAACUAUGCCCUGGAGAAGACUGGACCUAUACUGGCAUUUUAUGAGGAUUACUACAAGUCUUCUUACCCUUUGAAAAAAUCAGACCAUGUCGCUCUUCCUGACUUCUCAGCCGGAGCCAUGGAGAACUGGGGUCUGGUCACCUAYAGAGAGACGUCGCUCUUGUACAACCCUGAGAUGUCCUCUGAUGUCGACAAGCAGUGGGUGGCUACGGUCAUCUCUCAUGAACUGGCUCAUAUGUGGUUUGGGAACUUGGUGACCAUGAGGUGGUGGAAUGACCUGUGGCUCAACGAGGGCUUUGCCACUUACGUUUCUUACCUUGGAGUGGACUACGCUGAACCAGAAUGGAACAUGAAAGACUUGCUAGUUUUGGAUGAGAUCCUUGGUGUGAUGGCUGUAGAUGCCUUAGCCUCAUCCCACCCCCUGUCUGUUGAAGAGGAAGACAUUGUGACGCCACAURACAUCCAAGGACAGUUUGACUCCAUCACAUAUGACAAGGGAGCUGCAGUCAUCAGAAUGCUCUCAGGAUUUGUUACAGAAAAAGUAUUUUCUAAAGGACUGAGUAUGUAUUUAGAGGCAUUCCAGUAUCAAAACACAGACUACAAAGACCUGUGGAAGCACAUACAGAUGGCAGUAGAUGAAGCUGGUAUAUCACUUCCCCACUCUGUGGAGGAUAUUAUGAACCGCUGGAUUCUGCAGAUGGGCUUCCCAGUGGUCACCAUCGAUACCCAGACAGGGAAAAUCACUCAGCAGCAUUUUCUGUUGGACUCAGGGUCUGCGGUGACCAGACAUUCAGAGUUCAACUACGAGUGGUUCGUCCCAAUUUCCUGGAGUAAGACCGGUCGAGCCGAACAUCAGUACUGGCUCCUUAGCAAGGAAGCGAACAACUCAGACGUGGUUCUUGGUGCAAGCGAGUGGUUGUUGGCCAACAUAAAUAUGACGGGGUUCUACAGAGUUAAUUAUGAUGCUGAAAACUGGGAGCGGCUGCUUGCCAAGUUGAACUCCAACCAUCAGGACAUCCCAGUGAUCAACAGGAUUCAGAUUAUUGACGAUGCAUUUAAUCUUGCAAGGGUAAACAUGGUGAACAUUACCCUGGCCUUGAGGACGACCACAUUUCUACAUAAAGAAGUUGAAUACUUGCCCUGGCAGACAGCCCUGCGUAACUUGGGUUACUUCUUCCUCAUGUUUGACCGCAGUGAGGUGUAUGGACCCAUGCAGGCCUAUAUCAAAAAACAGGUCACUCCUCUGUUUGAAUACUUCAGAGAUCAGACUCUCAACUGGACGAAGAGCCCAGAUAAACACACUGAUCGGUACAAUCAGAAAAUCGCAAUCUUCUUGGCCUGCGGCACAGGUGUGGAGGGCUGCAGAGAACUGACCACUGGUUGGUUCAAAGCGUGGAUGAAAAAUCCUGCAAAAAACAGCAUUAAUCCGAGCCUGAAGUCCGUGGUGUACUGCAGCGCUAUCGCAGCAGGAGGAGUGGCAGAGUGGGACUUUCUUUGGGGCAUGUAUAAGAACACUACAAUCGCCUCAGAGGCCAGAAAAAUUAUGAAUGCUCUGUCCUGCACCAAGCAGCCCUGGCUGAUAAAUAGGUAUAUGCAAUAUUGUCUGGACCCAGAGAAGAUCGGUAAGCAGGACAUCACCUCUGUUUUCGUUCAAAUUGCUGCUAAGCCCAUCGGCCAUUAUCUUGUUUGGAACUUUAUUAGAGAAAACUGGAAACACUUCAUUGAUCAUGAAAUUUCAUAUUCAUUCGAAUUGAUAGUUUCUGAGCUGAGCAAGCGUUUCUCCACUGAGUUUGAAUCCAAGCAGCUGCUGCAAUUUAAAGAAGAGCACGAAAAUGAAGUCAGCUUUUCAGACUUUGACCAGCUCCUGGAGAGAAUCAAGACCAACACGAACUGGGUGGCCCUGAACAAGAAACCAGUUUUGGACUGGUUCGUCAAGCAAAGCUCUUAAAUAUUUUCCAUUUGAACGGUCCAGUGUGUGAACAAAUGAAACCAGAUGUUUACAAACAACUGUUUAAAAAGACACAGAACUGUUUGACAUCAAGUCAAAAUAACCUCAUGUUUCAGGUCAGUUAGUAAAAACUCUUUUUACUUGUUAAAUCACUGAAGACUGAGAGGGAAAAUGUUUUAUUACUUCUUCAAAGUCACAACAUUAAAUAAGGUACAUUCAGAUUACUAUGCCUUUAAGCAAGCUGGAAAUGCCCAGAUGAUGAUGUCAUGGAUUUGGGCCCGUAUAAUUUUACUGUUACUUCUGCACAUGCGUAACUUCGGGCACCACAUGCUCAAACAGGGUUAUGGUUAAUYCCAGUUGUUGUUCAUCACUAUUGUUUUGGAUUUUUACACCUGUUUUGUAUUGACUUUUAUAUACAAAUGCAUUUCUCAUUUAGCUGUAUAUACAUUGUUGUCAUGCUGCCAAGAGUUUGACUGCAGAGCACAGGUAAAAAAUAGAAAGUUGUGAACAUUGUUUGUCAAGUGUACUUCAGCCAACUGGAAAUAACUAUGACCUUAGACCACAAUGGGUUCAAAUACUGACUCUGAGCAUGUGCGUGAGUAACUGUAAAAAGUUCAGUGGGUUAGAGACAUAAUUGUGAAUGCAUUAAGGAGCACCUUAAACACAUGGUUUUGUGUUAUGGGAAAAAAUCAUGUGAAAUGAAGCAACUUCUCAGGAGGAGAGAACUGUUGACCUCCACAGCUCUGGGUUUAAUUUUAGAUGCCUGAAUGUGCCACACGUAUCUGUUAAUUUAUACACAACAGCACAGGAAUGUCUGCCAUAAUAAUGCUCAGGAAGGAGACCCGUUCUGUGUUCCAAAUAUACAAUGUGCAAAACGUGCCUUUCAACCCCAAAUCACAAACAAAAGGCCUCGUGAUGAAGCCGGCUGAAGAUACAGGGAUCCACAGAACAGGCACCAGCUGAAAAACCCCUCAGUGAGGAAGAUAUUUCUCUCAAAGCAACAUUAACAAAUAAACGGAGCACAUUUGCAAAUGCACACAAGAACAAAUACAUUGAUUUCUGGAGACACAUCCUGUGAUCUGAUGAAAUACAAAUGUAACUGUUUGGCCAUGAUGACCAUCAUUUAGAGAAGAAAAGCUUGCAAGCUGUGAAACACGGGGGUGGCAGCAGCAUGCUGUGGGGUUCUGGUGCACUUCACAACAUAAAUGAUAUCUUAAUGUAAAAGCUUUGGCACAAAUGGGUCUUCCAAUUAAACGAUGAUGAAAUUAUGAGACUUUAGUUGAUGUUAAUUUCGAAAAUUGAUAAUUCUGCAUAUGACUUAAAAUGCAUAACAAUAAAAGUUUUUUGAAAAGUU